GUCGUACGCUACGUUUUAAACGAAUAAUAUAUUCACAAAGAAUUACGACGUAAAUAUGCGAGUAUCUCUUUUUGAGAAUACAGAGAAAACCGAAAGAAAAAAUCUCGUCGGAUUCGGAUUGGAAAGCCUCUCCUGUUUCGGUGUUGGUUACCACUGUUCCCCGGUUCAUGUUUUGUUAGCUAUCAGAUAUUACAUCAUUGGACUUUCUCCCUAAUGGAUUUAUCUACAUAAACGAUUCCAGUCUUCCCCACGCCAGUCCUACUGAGAGGGGAAGAUGGCACAUCAACAUCUCCCAUUGGAGCUUCCCCAGUGGACAACAGUCCCAGAUGGGGACACUGAAUCAGAUUCUGACCGGGACUCAGGAGUCGGAGAAGAUGCCGGCAGUCACCGUGGCAAUGACAUCUCGCACCGGCAGGAUGGAGUUGGAGAGCGAGGCGGAGAGGGGGAUUUCACAAUCUUUGUUGCCUUUCGAGGAAAUAUGGAUGACGAAGACUUACAAGAGAAACUUGACAACAUCCUUAACGGGAUGCCUAGUAUGCUUGAACUAGAUUCUGAUAGACUCCAGCCCCAGCAUGUGGAGCCAUGGAACAGUGUGCGCGUCACCUUUAACAUUCCCCGGGAAGCAGCGGAGCGCCUCAGGCUGCUGGCCCAGAACAACCAGCAGCAGCUCCGAGACCUGGGCAUCCUCUCUGUACAGAUAGAAGGUGAAGGAGCCAUCAAUGUGGCCAUGGGGCAGAACAGAGGUCAGGAGGUCAGGGUGAACGGACCAAUCGGCGCCCCCGGACAGCUAAGGAUGGAUGUGGGAUUCCCAGGACAACCAGGCCCAGGAGGCAUGAGAAUGAGCAACCCGUCGAUGGUCCCCUCUGGCCCCGGUAUGUCUGGCCAGGCCAUGGUCCCCAGCAGCAGUGGACAGAUGCACCCCAGACCCCCUUCGCAGACUGAUGCAAUGGACCCCAUGAUGUCCUUACAACAGCAGCAGCUUCAGCAUCCCCAGGCUGGCCCCCACAACCAAGGCCCCAUGCCCCCCCAGGCUGGCCCCCACAGCCAAGGCCCCAUGCCCCCCCAGGCUGCUCACCACAUUCAGGUCAUGCAGGCAGGGCGGCAGCUCAACCCAGCCGCCCUCCAGCAGCUGCAGCAGGCUCAGCAACAGGCUCAGCAACAGGCUCAGCAACAGGCCCAGCUCUCCCAGCUUGGUGGCCCCCGUCCCCCUUUCAAUCCCUCUGGCCAGAUGCCCGUACCCUCCGGCUGGAACCAGCUCCCCUCAGGGGUCCUCCAGCCUCCUCCAGCCCAGGGAGGACCCAUGGGCCCAGCAGCCUGGAGGAAGGCGCCUCCCCAAGUCCAGAUGGGCCAACGUCCCCCUUCCCUGGCUACGGUGCAGACCCCCAGCCACCCUCCACCCCCGUACCCGUUUGGUAGCCAGCAGGCUGGCCAGGUGUUUAAUGCUAUGGGGCAGCUACAGCAACAGCAGCAGUCAGGGGCUGGUCAAUUUGCAGCGCCCCAACAUAAAGGUCCCCAAGGUGUGCUUGGAGGGGUGGCAGGACUCCCUAGACCUCAUCUGCCUCCAUCAGCAGGGCCUCAGGGUAACCUCACAGCCAAGUCCCCUGGGUCUUCAUCUUCCCCCUUCCAGCAGGGUUCUCCAGGGACUCCUCCCAUGAUGGGUCAGGCCCAGCUAGGCCCGCGCUCUAUGACCCCACAGGGUUUCCCUCAAGGGGUGGGCUCACCGGGCAGGGUGGUGAUGGGACAGCAGGGUAACAUGCAGCAAGGGUUCAUAGGAAUGCCCCAACAUGGGCAACCUGGACCUCAGGUUCAUCAAGGAGGAAUGGGAGGCAUGCCCAAACGUCUGCCCAUGGGGUUCCCUAGCGUCUCAGGGAACCAGAACUUUGCCCAGGGUCAGGUGACUAGUGCCCCAGGAACCCCAGGGGGAGGAGCCAAUCCCCAGCCCCAGAGCAGCCAGACUAUGGCCCACACAGGAGCCCAGUCGUCAGCCUCCACCCCCAACACCAUGCAGGGUCCAUCCCACUCCCAGCCCAACGUCAUGGGUCUCCACAGUGGCAUGGCUGGCCAGCCCCAAGGCACAAACUCUGGGCCCAGUAUGAGCCAGCCCCAGCCAGGCCUCCAGUCCCAGAUGAUGGACCUCCAGGGCCAGCCCGUGUCCUCGUCCCCCAGCCAGAUGGUCCAAGGUGGGGGUCAGGGGCAGACAGUCCUCUCCAGACCCCUCAACCCAGGGCAGAGAGGAGGCAUGACCCCACCCAAACAGCUGAUGCCACAGCAGGGCCAGAGCCAGAUGCUUGGAGGGCCGGGGCACCAGGCGAUGCUCCUACAACAACAACAGCAAAACUCCAUGAUGGAACAGAUGCAACAAAUGCAAGGAAACAAGCAGGCGUUUGGGUUGAAAGGUCAAGCCGGGGUCAUGCCAGGUCAGAUGAUGCGGGGUCCAUCUCCUAACGUGCCCGGUAACAUGGCUCAGUUCCAGCAGCCUCAGGUGGGCCAACAGCAGCAACAAAUGACUCCACAGCAGCAGCAUCAACAGCAGCAGCAAAUGGCUCAGCUCCAACAGUUACAACAACUGCAGCUACAACAGCUACAACAACAGCAGCAGCAGCAACAACAACAGAUGACCCAGCAGCCCCAACAGGUCCCCAUUGGAGGCAACCCCAACCAGGCCAUGGGUAUGCAGGGUCAACAGAUGAGACUCCCCAGUGGUCAUCCUCUGGUCCAACAGCAGCUACAGCAGCAGCAGCUCCAACAAAAACAAGCCAUGCUGCAACAGCAGCAGCAACAGGCGGCGCAGCAACACCCACACGCUCUCGGGGACCCCAGCGGUGCUACAGGCGACAUGGGCGGUGUCCAACAGAUGCUCCCAGACAUGCAGGUUCAGCAACAAGGCAUGAUGGGAAUUGGAGUCCCUCAGCACAUGCAGGUGGGCAAUGGCCACUUCCCUGGUCAUGGGAUGAACUUCAACCCCCAGUUUGGGGGUCAGAUGCCCAUGGGAGGGCCGUGUGCUCAGGCAGGGGGGUUUCCAGUGAACAAGGAUGUGACGCUAACCAGUCCUCUCCUGGUCAACCUGCUUCAGAGUGACAUCUCUGCCAGUCAAUUUGGGCCUGGGGGGAAGCAGGCGGCUGGAGGACCUGGCCAGGCCAAACCCAAGAAGAAGAAACCCCCACGCAAGAAGAAGCCCAAAGUAGGGGAGGGACAGCAGCCGGUCGAGGGGCUAGGGGGCCUGGAUGUGGGGGCUGGCCUGGAGGACCCAGAGCUGCCAGGGCUGAGUGGGGAACAGGGAGUGGGCAUGGACCCUUCCGGACCCAAACUCUCAGACUUCACCAACAGGCCUGCAGGUUUCCCAGGUCAGCCUGGAGACCAGAGAGUCCUACAGCAGGUGCCCAUGCAGUUCAUGCAGCAGCAGCAGCAACAGCAGCAACAGCAACAACAACAGCAGCAGCAACAACAACAACAGCAGCAGCAGCAACAACAACAACAGCAACAACAGCAGCAGCAGCAGCAGCAACAACAACAACAGCAACAGCAUCAAAUGCAGCAUAUGCAACAACAGCAAAUGCAACAGCUGCAACAACAGCAAAUGCAACAACUACAACAGCAGCAGAUGCAGGGACUGCAGGCUCCUCCUGGACAGCAGCAGGGGGUGGCUGGAGCUCAGGGUCCGACUCAAGUCCAGCCACAGAUGCACCCUCAUCAGCUACAACAGCAGCAGCAACAACAACAGCAGCAGAUGCUGAUGAUCAUGAAGAUGCAGCAGGAGCAGGCUAAGAGCCGGAUGCCCCUCCCUCCAGGCGGGCAGCACCCCCCCAGGGGCAUGUUGAAUCCCGGGGAGGCCCAGAGAACACCCGGUUCCCAACAGGGCAACAUGCCUGUCAUGAUCAACCUCCAGGGGCAUGGAGGAGUGCCUCCCUCUCCAGACAAACCCAGAGGGAUGCCCCUCAUGGUCAAUCCACAGAUGGCUGGGGCAGCCAGAAGGAUGUCUCACCCCGAGGCAGGGCAGGGUACUGGGGCUGAUGAGGCCCCUGGAGCGGCCAACUCCCUGCAAGACAGACCCGGGGGCCAGGAGAUGGGGAUGCCGCCUGGUAACGGGGCCCAACAGAUGGUGGUGAACCAGGGCCCCAAUGCCCACAUGAUGAAGCAAGGCCCAGGCCCCUCGUCCCAGCACCCUGGAGCCAGCCCCCAGCAGCAGAUGCCCCCUCAGCCCCAGCAGGGUGGCCCCAUGCCAGGCCUCCACUUCCCUAAUGUCCCCACAACUUCCCAGAGCUCCAGGCCCAAAACACCCAACCGAGCCAGUCCCAGGCCCUACCACCAUCCUCUCACCCCAACCAAUCGUCCUCCCAGCACUGAGCCCUCUGAGAUCAACCUCUCCCCUGAGAGGCUGAAUGCCUCCAUCGCAGGCCUGUUCCCACCCAAGAUCAACAUCCCUCUGCCCCCCAGGCAGCCCAACCUUAGCCGGGGCUUUGACCAGCAGGGUGGGCUCAACCCCACCACUCUCAAAGCCAUAGGGCAGGCCCCUCCCAGCCUAACUAUGCCCAGCAACAACGGAGGUGGUGUAGGUAACUCUAACAACGGUCAGCAGUCUUUCCCUACAGGCAGUGGAACUGCCAACUCGGGCCAGGGCAAACCGGACAAGCAGCCUGGUGGAGGUCAGUCUAAAAGGACCAAUCCCAGUAACGGCCGCAGAUCCAGCCCUGCCUCCAGCCGCAAAGUCACUAACCCCAGCUCAGGGAGGCAGAAGUGGACCAAAAUCACCCUUGCAUCCCCUUCUCACCAGCAACAGAUGGUCAACCCCCAGGCAGGGCAUACCAUGAUGCUGAGCCCCACCCCAGUGCCUCCGAGCCCAGUCACUCUCCCACCAGUGGCGGGGGUGGGCCUAGAGCCCCAGCAGAUCCAGACCCCCUUCCAGGUGAUGCAGGGUAACCCAGCUGAGAUGCCCAGGGAAGGGCAGGGAAUGGCAGGUGUAGAGCACCGGCAGAUGCCCCAGCCUCUGAGGGAGCUCUCCGCCCCACGGAUGGCUAGCCCCCGUGUAGCCACUCCUCAGGAGGCUAAAGCUGGGCUGGAGCAGACAGUGGUGAUAGUGGAGCGGCAGCCUGUACAGAGCACUCCUCAGCAGGUGUCUGGAUCUGAGGCCUCUCCUUCUCUCAGGGAUGCGCCUUCCUCCCUCAACCAGCUGCUGGAUAACGCAGCCACCCCCAGCGUGCCUCCCAGGCCCACUCUGAGUGCUCCAACUGGGGAUGCUGCGUGCAAGGAGAGCUCUAAAGCCUCCACAGUUUCAGAGAACCCAUCCAGUGUUUUUCAGAGCUCGAAUGUGGGGGCUACCACUGUUGCUACUACUGCUGCUGUGAACGAGCCAGAAGCGAAACCCAAGCCUCGCUCAACCCCCAGCCCAAAACUCCCAAAUCCAGUCGGUAGUCCUAACCUGCAGCGCAAUGCAAAUACCAAUCUGAAUGCUAAUCCCGGCCCUAGCCCCAAUCUUAACCCAACUGACAGCCCCAACCUAAACUCUAACUCUAGCCCCAGCGUCAAGUCUAGCACCCCCAGCCCUAACUUAAACCCUACCAUUACCCACGGCCCUACUCUAAACCCUACUCCUAGUCUUAGUGUCAGUGUGGGCGCCAGCGUCAGUCACAGUAGUCCCAUCCCCAGCAUCACCUCCAGCCCCAAACUUAACCCAAACCCUGCCGUUGGCCCCAAACCAACCCCCAGCCCUAAACCAUCGACCAAUGUCCCCACUGUCCUGCAGAUCCCUGCAUCAUCCGCCACCAUCUCCCCCAACCAGAUCAGUUACACCCCUGCUCCCACCCCCCAGGCCUCCCCAGCCAUCAUCUCAGCUAUGGUGGCAAUGCCCAAAAAGAACAUCAGACCCCAGCAGUCCAGCCAGCAGACCCGAGGUCCCCACACCCAGUUUAUCACCACUCCUGUGUUUAACACCGGUACCCCCAUCUUCCAGGUCCCUACAGUGUCUGUGGCCCCCAACGCCACGGUAGUGUCCCAGCCAGUCACCAUGGUAAAGCCCAUACAGGUGUCCACCACUAACAUCCAGCUCACUGCUGCUCCAACCCAGGCCCAAGCCCCGGCCUCGACUCAGGCUGCUGUGGUCAGUGUGGCUAGCUACCAGCCUGCCCGAACGCUAGUUGGGCAGGUCCAGAUGGCCACUAGACGUGCUUCCCCUGUCCCUGUUAGUACUCUGCCUCGUCCUCCGCAGCAAAGCCCUGGCACUCCCAAGUCAGAAACCCCGGGUGAGGCGCCCUCUGGCCAGAAAUUGAGCCCACCUGUUGGGCAGCCAUCCCCCCAUCCCAGCCUCUCUCCCACAGCCUUGGCGUUUGCCUCGUCUUCCGUCCAACAGCCCCUUGCGUCCCCUCCUCCAUGCUCCAGUCCUGGUGCCCCAGCCAGCACCCGGAAGAGCCCUAUGUCCCCCCCCUUGCCUGCCCAGGGAAAGCCUACCCAGACUCCUGGCUCUGCGCCACCAGUGGGUAAUCGACCAGACUACCAGCAGGUUGCUGAAGCACGGGCUGCCCAACCUUUAGAGGUGACUUCCCAGCCCCAGAGGGGGCCGAACUGGGCUGUGCCCCCUCACGCCUUCCCUCCACCCCCUGCAUCUGUCAUCCAGACUCGGACCACAGUGUCUGGAGCACAGACCAGGACCACAGUGUCUGGAGCACAGACCAGGACCACAGUGUCUGGAGCACAGACCAGGACCACAGUGUCUGGAGCACAGACCAGGACCACAGUGUCUGGAGCACAGACCAGGACCACAGUGUCUGGAGCACAGACCAGGACCACAGUGUCUGGAGCACAGACCAGGACCACAGCUGCUGCUGUUCCUCUGAAAGUUACCACUCCUCCUCCAGUAUCAGCGCCAACUCCUGUCCUUGCGCAACCUACUGCACCAGCCCAGUCCUGUCUUCCUGCCUCUACUACUACCACCCCUCCCCCAGUGUCAGUCCCUGUCCCCACCCGAACCCCUACUACUGCCCCUGUUCCUACCCCUGCUACGUCUCUCCCUGCUCCUUCUUCAGCCUCAGUCCCAAGUCCAUCCCCAUCCACCUCUCCUGUUGCUGGUGUCCCUGGACCCUCCAACCCCCCCGGUGACUCCCCAGCCAUAUCCUCCCUAGUGGCCCCUACCCCUACUGGGGCUCAGCCUGCCCCCAUAGCCAUGGAGCCUCCCAGCCAGCCAGCCCCACUAGAGCCCCCAGCACCUGCAGGCAACACCCCAGUGUCAGUCCAACCUGAACCUCUACAGCAAGAGGAGCCUGCUGCUCCGGAGAAGACGGCAGAAGUUGCCACAGUAACUGAGCAAGGAUGGGCAAAGAAAAGAAAGAAUCCUGUCAACUUAGUCCCAAGGGCUGCCGUGGAGAAGCCGAAAGGUCCCAGCAGACGGAGCUCGCGGGCUGAAAAGGAGGUGGAGGAGGAAACGGUGGCAGACAGCGCGCAGAGGAAGAGACCAGCCAGGCCUGGAGCCAGCACUGUGGUUGCUGCUAAAGAAACCGGUGCCAGUCCUACCCAGGCUAAGAGAAGGAAGUCUAAGUGACCACAGUAGUGAAACCCUGUGAACUGUAAAUGUGUUUUUCUGUCAAUCAUUCAAUGACUUUAUUUUCUCCCAGAUUAUGAAUUCACAAUGGAGAAAAUAACCAUGUACAGAUAAUUGUUUUUAAAAUAAUUAUGUUGAUGUUUUGUCCCAGCUAUCAUGUGAGGUUGUAGCUAGUGUGUGUUUGUGCGUGCGUGAAUGUGUUUUGUUUUUAAACAAUUAUGCUGGAUUAAUCAUGUGAAGACUGAUAAUUGAAGGUGUCUCAAUUGUAUAAUUAUGUUGUGAAACUUAAUAAAAUGUUCUGCUACUUAA